CGCUACUCUUUUUGCAGGUUACACCACAGAAAGGUGUCUGUGGGAGAAGGCAAAAUGGAAACCCCAGAUGGACCGUGGGCAUGGUUGGUGCUGGUGGCUUCUAUGAUGACCUACGCGUUGACUUUAGGAUUUUCUGCUUCUGUUGGAGUAUUUUAUACAGACCUCCAGAACUCUUUCAGUGCUACCAACACAGAGACCUCCUGGUUUCCAUCAAUCAUCACAGCUGUCCUGCAUGCUGGAGGCCCAUUGUGUAGCCUAAUGGUGGAAAGAUUUGGCUGCAGGAUAACAGUCAUAGUCGGUGGCCUCCUUUGUGGAACUGGAUUAGUUGCCAGCUCCUUCUCUCAGAAUUUGAUACACUUGUAUCUGACUGCAGGUUUUGUUGGAGGUGUAGGACUCUCUCUUAGCUUUCAAGCAGCAGUCACGGUGCUCGGUUACUACUUUAUCAAGCGACGAACGUUAGCUAAUGCUAUUGCCUCCUCAGGAGCCUCCAUAGGCAUGGCUCUAUGGCCACUGGCAUCCCGGUACCUCCUAGAGACAAUGGGUUGGAGAGGUUCCUUUAUGAUUUUUGGUGGUGUAUUGCUAAACUGUUGCGUAUGUGGAGCCGUGAUGAGGCCAGUGAAAACUCCACCAUCUGCCCCUGGUAAAGAUGUGUCUUCUUCAGUCCACAAUGGAACAUCUGGUGCUGUAAUGGAAUUAGAACAGCGAAAAGGAAUACAGAGGUACAUAGCUUUUGACCUACUGCUUGGACACAGAAGAUACCAGAUUUACACAAUAGGUGUUGCAUGGAUGGUUCUAGGCUUUGUCUUGCCACUGUUUUACUUGGUACCAUAUGCAACCACCAGUGGCAUAGAAGAAACCACUGCAGCACUCUUGCUUUCUCUUAUUGGUUUUAUCAAUAUUUUUGCACGCCCGGUGGCUGGAAUCGUAUCACAGCACAAGAUAUUCUCUGGAAAACUAAUUUACCUUUUUAGUGGUGCCGUAAUUGCGAACGGACUCAGUAACCUGGUGUGUGCUGCCUCAGCAUCCUUUUCAUCAUUUAUAGUAUAUUGUUGCUUGUAUGCUAUCUCUAUGAGUGUAAUUGGUGCUCUGGUCUUCCAUGUGUUGAUGGACAUAGUAGGAAUGAAGAGAUUCCCUGGAGCUUUUGGACUUUUUACCAUUCUCGAAAGUGUUACAAUCUUGAUUGGCCCACCAUUAGCAGGUUUCCUUGUAGACAUCACUGGAGAAUAUAGUUAUGUGUUCUACUUCAGCUGCAUUGCUGUGUCCUCAUCCGGACUUUUUAUGUUCCUGGCCUCCUACAUCAUUGACAGAAAGGAGGCACAAUCCAAUCCAAAACCUGUCAACAUAUCAGACGGAAAAGACAAGGACGAUCACAAAAACGUUAUCUAUCGACCCGCAAAGCAGGAGACUGCUGCAUAAGGGAACUUGGUAUA